ACUUCCAUGUAGCGGCAUGUUGACUAGGUGAUGAAAAAUAAAACUUUUCCUCUGAAUCAAUUAUAAUUUUCAUAAAAACUAUACCUACUUGUUGGAAAUAAUUAGCAGAGUGGGUUGUACUUCCGUAUGUUGAGAAAAAACGAAAUAAUCAUUCCAGGAAGAAAUACCGAGCAAUAAUAAAACAUCCUGAUUAGACAUUUCGCAAACUAACUAUUAUUUAAAGGGCAAUCUUUACGCAUUCGCGAUUUAAAAGCAAUAAGUUGAAAGCGGUGGUUCAUUCGUUUCGUGCGAAAUGAAUUUGAAGAACUUCAUAAUUGUAAUACUUGCGUUGAUUUCAUUAUCAACUAUUAAGAUGAGGAAUAAUAGUGCAUCUGCAGAUCCCCCGAAGUUAGAAUAUCCAGAAACAUAUUGGCACUUUGCAGGCAGGGAUUGGAAAAAACAUCAUAAACUUGUCCACACUUUUCAAUGGCCCCAGAUAUUUGAUCACUUCAUCGAUCCCCUGAUACCCAAAAAAGUACCUCCAACCCGCAGGAAAAAAAACUUUAGUGACUUUUUAGCGGACUUAGGGGAUAAUAUCCUAGAUAUACUAGGGUAACGAAGACAUCGAAAAAGAAUUAGGUGAAAGGUACUCUCAAAUUGUCCACAUAUUAAAGAAAAUAGCAACUUGAUUCUCAGAAAUAGCAUAUUCUGCAUAUUACUUGCAAUGCAAAGGUGUUCAUUGAAUACCUUCUUUCGAAAAAGUAAUACGCAAGUGAUGAUUUCAACUGAUUGUCUGAAAUUGCGAUAUAGGUAUGCAGAUGGUUCGAAAUUUGGGCUAAAUAAAAAAAAUGAGUAUCUAAGAACCUACUUGGGUUUCUUAUGAGAAAUAACUCAUUUUAGGUACCAGCUUACUUCAUUUCUUUCAACUGCAAUUAAUUGAUAUAAUCUCAGAUAGCGAUUCCUCUGAAGGUACCUGCAGCAAAUCUAAUGGUUGGUUGAAAUACCUGAAGACUAAAAAGCCCUGAAACUUCUAAUACCGAGUUGCAAUUUUCUUGAAUAUUUUCAGUUUGAUGUAGGAUUAAAUCAGUAUAUAUGUAAGCAGCAUAAUAAAUAUAAUUUGUAUUAAUUUUUAUUUCACUGUAAUUAGGAACGGAUUAACUAGUUAUUUGCACACCUCCGUUGAACUGAAUUUUAUCAAUUUAUGAUAACAUUUUUUGUAGUGAGUAUUGAAUUAAUUGUAUGUGUUAUUAAAGCAUAAUAUAGGUUUUUAGUUGAAUUAUGGAUUUUAAUCAAGUAUCGGCCACAUCAAUAAGCUACAUUUCAGGCGGGUGUAUGAAGUUAUGCCUACUUCAUAUGAAAAUGCUACUGUGACAGCGAAAUAUUUUUGCAACAAAACUUUCCACGAUUUCCACUUGAUCAAUAGUCCGUUUUUCCAGGAAAAAUUGAAAGAAUGUUAGAUUGCAAUUGAAUAUUACCCUCCCUAGUAGGAUGAAGGGAAAAACGUGGGUUUUAAUUACAUUGAUACGAAUGACACGAUGUAGUCCCUCAGGAGAAAGACUUCCCCCAUCAGAAAUUAAUUACAUAACAGUUUUCUCCAUUAACCUUUUUAAUCAUGAAAAUUGGAAAUGAACCAACGAAUUACCGAAGUUGAUAUCCGAAUACGAAAUUCGAGCGUAAGAGAGAGAUGGAUCUCUGCAGUUUACGGUGUUAAGUGUUUAUUUUCCGAAGUUAGUAUUGUUAUUGGUAACUGAUUCUUUUCUAACCCAUUAAUUACUUGGUACGGUUCUCAUCAGUCUUG